AUGGCUGCCAAUUCUUCUCUAAGGAGCUCUUCUGCUGUCUCCCUGGUUUUGAUUCUUUCAACCAUAUUGUCAUCUGGGUCUUCCACCCGGACAAUUACAAACUAUGCAUUCUCAAUCAAAGAAGCCACAAUAAAAGAUAUAAAACUAGCUUUUGAGAGAAACCAACUCUCCUCAAGGCAGCUUGUUGAGUUCUACAUGGAAGAAAUCUCCAGACUCAAUGAACUCCUUAAAGGGAUCAUAGAAGUGAACCCUGAUGCAUUGCUCCAAGCUGAUGCUGCUGACAAAGAGCGGAAGUAUAAAGAACCUUGUUCACUGCCUGACUUGCACGGCAUUCCCAUUCUGCUCAAGGAUAACAUCGGUACCAAAGAUAAGCUCAACACCACGGCCGGCUCGUUUGCAUUGCUUGGCUCAGUGGUGCCAAGGGAUGCAGGGGUAGUGGCGAAAUUGAGAAAAGCUGGAGCAAUCAUUCUGGGCAAGGCUAGCUUGAGUGAGUGGGCUAAUUUUAGGUCGCUUAAUGCACCCGCUGGCUUUAGUCCUAGAGGUGGCCAGGGUAAGAAUCCUUACGUCUUGUCUGCAACUCCAUGCGGCUCAAGUAGUGGAUCAGCAAUAUCGGUGGCCGCAAACUUGGUAACAGUGUCAUUAGGGACGGAGACUGAUGGCUCCCUCUUAUGUCCUGCCAGUUUUAAUUCAGUAGUGGGCCUCAAGCCUACAGUUGGCAUCACCAGCCGAGCUGGGGUCAUUCCAGUUACUCCAAGACAGGACACCAUUGGGCCUAUCUGCAGGACAGUGUCGGAUGCUGUUUAUGUUCUUGAUGCCAUUGCAGGCUUCGAUUCUAAUGAUGAAGCGACUAGAUAUGCAUCAUACUACAUCCCACAUGGUGGCUACAAACAAUUCCUUAAUUCCUAUGGGCUCAAAGGAAAGAGAUUGGGGAUAGUGAGAAAUCCAUUUUUCCAAAUUGCUGAAGGACUAGGUUUAGGUCAGACGUUUGAGAAUCAUUUACAGACACUAAGGCGAGAAGGUGCAAUCGUGGUAGACAAUUUGCAAAUAGCCAACAUUGAUGUUAUAUUAAAUUUCACUGCAAGUGGUGAAGCAGUAGCAACUUUAGCUGAGUUCAAAUUGUCCUUGAAUGCCUACCUCGAAGAGUUGGUGGCUUCCCCGGUGCGAUCCUUGGCCGAUAUUAUAGCUUUCAACCUGAAAUUUCCCGAUUUGGAAUUGAUCGAUAAAAUAGGCCAAGAAAUCUUUUUGGCAGCACAGGCCACAAAUGGGAUUGGUGCUAAUGAGAGCGCAGCAUUGUUAAAUUUGGAAAAUCUCGCAAAAAAUGGAUUCGAGAAGCUGAUGAAAGACUACAAGCUAGAUGCAUUGGUGACUCCUAGGUCAGAUGUUUCACCUGUGUACGCCAUUGGAGGGUUUCCAGCAAUUAUUGUCCCUGCUGGAUUUGAUAGCCAAGGGGUGCCUAUUGGCAUUUCAUUUGGGGGAUUGAAGGGCUCCGAGCCCAAGCUAAUUGAAAUUGCAUAUGGGUUUGAGCAAGCUACUAAGAUUAGGAAGCCUCCUUCAUUCAAUCCUUGA